UAAAUAGUAGCAGACGACGGUUGGCGGGCGUGACAAUUUCUCGUGACGUCGAUCGUUCUCUUAUUUUAGAAUUGUAUUAUAUUAAUUUCGCUGUAACCUUGAGGGCUGCUAGUCGCGCUGUUUUCUGUGCAAAUAACAAAUAUGGCCUUUUAUUUACAUCCAAUCAAAUCCUUAUGUCAGCCUCGAACCGUAUGUAACAUUUUCGCCAAAUGCCUCGCAUCUCCCAUAGCAUCUCAAACAAAACAUCGAGCAAUCUGUACUACUAACCCUGUCUUGGCAGAGUUUGGGUUCAUGUUUGAUAUAGAUGGUGUCAUUGUUCGAGGGAAAGAAGUACUGCCAGCAGCUGUGGAAUCUUUCAAAAAACUGGUAGACUCUAAUGGAAAGUUCAGAGUUCCUGUAAUAUUUGUAACCAAUGCUGGGAAUAACCUAAGAUGCCAGAAAGCCCAGAAACUAACAGAUUUGCUAGGUGUUGAGAUCUCACAGGAGCAAGUGGUUAUGGCACACAGUCCAUUAAAGAUGUUCAAGCAAUUUCAUAAUAAGAGAGUCUUGGUUUCUGGACAAGGACCAAUUCAUGAAAUUUCCAAGAAUCUUGGCUUCACCAAUGUUUGCACAGUGGAAGAUAUUCGCAAGGCUUUCCCUGUUCUUGAUGUUGUUGAUCAAAAGAGACGAGAAACUAUGUUGAGGACAAUCGAUGAGAAAUUCCCGCGCAUUGAGGCUAUAGUUCUGAUGCAGGAGCCAGCAGAAUGGGAUUCGGCUCUGCAACUGAUCAUAGACGUUCUCAUGACAAACGGAAAAUUACUGGACCCACCCGCUAAAUUACCGUAUCCUCAUAUUCCUUUACUAGCUUGCAAUAUGGAUCUCCAAUGGAUGGCUGAAGCCUGGAUGCCUAGAUUUGGUCAUGGCGCAUUUCUAGUAUGUUUAGAAGAAUUGUACAAAAAGAUUACUGGAAGAGACAUGAUCUAUACUGCGCUAAUUGGCAAACCGAGUGAGCUGACGAUGCAUCACGCCGACAACAUGUGUCAGGCUCAUGCUCAAUCAUUGGGAAACCAGGGUUCUGUCAAAAGAAUCUAUUUCGUGGGAGAUAACUUGAAUACGGACAUAUUUGGUGCAAAUUUAUACCACCGUUACUUGACACGACAGCGUUCUGGUCGUGCAGUUUCUGGUAUUGCAGCCGCUGUAACCGGACGUGGUAACCACAAUUGCGAGUUAGAAAUUGAAACGGAGGACGUCCACGCUUCGGCUGAGGAAUGUCAUAGUAUUCUAGUUCAGACUGGCGUUUAUAAUGCUUCUUCUGAUACCUUUUCUAACCAUUCACCAAGAGAUUUUUUACCAGUGGAAGAGGGUUUAAGAGAGCCUGCGUUUUGCGUGCCUGAUGUCUUACGAGCCGUUGAACUGGUUUUUCAGCAAGAAAAAUUUGACUGAGCAUUGCUCGAUUUUCGAUGAUAAAGUAGGUUGUGAAUUUCUAGUUCAUCGUUAUGUUUUCUUUUGGGUGUUUACUUUUUAGGCAUAGAUUAUAGUUUUGAAAUGAAAUAAUUCCCUUCUUCAAAAAUCAAACAGUGCAUCAUUCUGCAGCCUGGAUUUUAAAAAAAAAUUCUCGUUUGACAGUCUAUUUUCCCUUGAUCCAUGAACACUAUACAAAAUUUUCAAUUUUCUUGUUCCACCACUGCAUUAUCACAAUUGCAAUGUAAUAGUAGUUUAAACUACAUCCCGGUGAUUUUGCUUGUAACAUUUAAUGCAAGAUUUAUGUUAGGUUUAAUUAAUAAUUGCUGCACUUCGUUGAAUUUUAUCAUUCAAUUCAUCGUAAAUCUACUGGUUAAUCCAUCUAUUUAUGAAAUAUGUUAGCAGAAUUCAAAAUAUCCUACAUUCUUUCCUAUUCUUCAAGCGUGAAUAUACUGAUCUGUGAUGACGCAAAUAUAAAUCUUCAGAAUUA